CACGACGGCACAAGCGCACCACGAGAGGAGAGGAGCCAAAGCCAACGGGGGAUCGAAGAGAGUCGGCGAGGAGGAGGAGGAAGGGGCGUCGGCCAUGGGCGUGAGCCUGGCGCAGGCGGUGGCGGAGCUGGUGGGCAGGUGCGCGCGGCGGCUGUCGCGGGCGGCGCGGCGGCUGCACGUGCGCCGCCCGCCGGGCUCGUCCUUCCCGUCGCGCGCCGUCGUGCCGUUCCUCGGGGCGGCCGGGGGCAAGGCCAAGAGGGCGCUGUCGUGGCCGGCGACGCCGUCGUCGUCCAAGGGGAGGAGGAGGCCCGCGGCGGGGCCGGCGGAGGAGGAGUGGGGCAUGGAGGCGGACGACGGGGUGUGGAGGAAGGAGAUACUCAUGGGCGAGCGGUGCCAGCCGCUGGAGUUCUCCGGGGCCAUCUACUACGACGCCGAGGGCCGCCGGCUCGGGGCCCCGCCCACGCCGCGCACGCCCAUGCGGAGCCCGCUGCCGGCCUCCCUCAAGCUCGCCGCCAACGCCUGAUCGUCCCCUCCCACCCACGCCGGCCCGCCGUCAUCGCAGCAGCUCGCUCUGCAACUUAGCCAAGAUCCAUCCAUGCCUCUCUCUGCCUCACUACUGUGCUGUACAUGGUUCUAUUGCCGCUCUGUUUUUCCUUGGCUCAUCUCCUCUCGAGAAACCUCUGCUUUUGGCGUGCGUAGUGACUAGCUAGUGAGCACCGCGACACCGUGUAAAAGAAGUUUUAAUCAACAGUGUUGCAAAAUCUCAGUUGAAGUUGUAUUAAUGAGAUAUUACAUAAAGACCGUGCUAAAUCUCAAUAUAUAUUAUGUCAGUUGAUUGAGA